AUGGACAGAUCUCACUUUGGCACCAUUGACAGCAUCACGUCUCUCUGGAAAGCUCUAGGUCUUCCGGCCAAAGCGCUCACCGCCAUCCACCUCCCAGAUGUCGACACCAUAGGGAUACCCUCGUCAUUCAAGAUCGGACACUUGGCCCAAGCAUCCAUUGCGCUUACGGGCCUGCUGGCCGCACUGAUCUACUCGGAGCGCCAGGGAAGCGAACAUGUCCCGACGGUCACCGUCCCCCUCAAACAUGCCCUGAUCGAGUUCCGAUCCGAGCGAUUCUUCACACUCGGCGGCCAGCGCUUGCCAUCACCAUGGGGCCCUAUCGGCGGCCUCCACAGGGCCUCGGACGGCUAUGUACGCGUCCACGACUCGUUCCCCAAUCACCGCGCCGGGGCGCUCGAGCUUCUGGGCCUACCCGAGGACGCGGACCGGAAAGCCGUAGGCGCGAAGAUUGCGCCAUGGCGGUGCGUGGACCUGGAGAACGCGGCGGUCGACGCGGGCGUGGUCAUUGCCGCACUGAGGAGUUACGAGCAGUGGGACGUCCUCCCCCAGGCGAGGGCUAUCAAGGAUUUUCCCAUCCAGAUCAAGAAGAUCGCCGGUGAUGGUGAUGCUGACUGUGGUGCUGGAUGGUGGUCAGACAGUAUGUCCAUGUCCCACGACAAUGGCAAUGCCAGAGGCAGUGGCGCAGACAAGGCCAAGGACACGAAGGCUCUCCGCGGCCUCCGCGUGCUGGAAAUGAGUCGCGUCAUCGCGGCGCCCGUGGCGGGGAGGGCUCUCGCGGCCCACGGCGCCGAUGUCCUCUGGAUCACAUCCCCGAACCUGCCGGACCAGCCGAGCCUAGACCGCGACACGGCGCGGGGGAAACGCACCGCGAGGCUCAACCUCGACCUCAGUCACAAGCCGGAGCAUAAUGACAUGGAGACGCUGCUCUCGCUGCUGGACGACGCCGACGUCUUCCUCCAGGGCUAUAGACCGGGCAGUCUCGCGGCGCGGGGCCUCUCGUGCGAGACGCUCGUCGCGCGACGCAGACAGAACGGGAUCAAGAGGGGGAUCAUCUGCGCCAAUCUCUCGGCCUAUGGGCCCGACGGGCCAUGGAGCCACAGACGCGGCUUCGACUCGCUCGUCCAGACGUGUUCGGGCAUGAAUGUGUCCGAGGCGGAACAUUUUCGCACCGGCGAUAUCGACCAGGUGACCGCCGCCGACGACGACGAUACCCCCCCGAAACCCACGCCGUGUCAAGCCCUCGACCACGCCUCGGGCUACUUCCUCGCCGCGGGGAUAAUGGCGGCGCUGUGCCGACAGGCCCACGAGGGAGGCUCGUACGAGGUCAGCGUCAGCCUGGCGGGGACGAUGAAAUACCUGCGCAGUCUGGGCCAGUACGAGGGACGGUCUGGGUUCGACCACCUGCAGUGCAAGGACCAUUACGCCACCAUCGAGGAUAUCCCCGAGGAGUUCCUCGAGGAGCACAUGUCCGGAUUCGGCCUGCUCAAGGCCGUCAGGCACGCCGCGUCCAUCGACGGCGUGCCUGUGGGAUGGGACCUUAUGCCGAAACACCUGGGAUCGGACGAGGCGCGAUGGCUUGCACGAUCCUGA